AUGGCACACGCCUGUGCCGUCCCAUCGGUGAACGGCAAAUCGCUGCCAGUGACAGUGGCAGAGACGUCGUCGAGUUGCCUGACACAAGGCAUCACCGCGGCGCACAACUUCGAGGUGAUCAACUUCUCGCUGCUCGAAGGCAUGGGCGUCGGCGAGUUUGUCAGCUCGAGGAAUUUCCACGUCGGCGGCUACGACUGGAACAUCAGGCUCUACCCAGACGGGAGGUCGGCGGAGCAUAAAGACAAAGUGUCGGCCUUCUUGAUUCCCGAAGGAGGACAGGAGGGCGUGAGGGUCAGGUCCACCUUCACCGUCUUCGGCAAGGAUGGCAAAGUGUGGGUGAAGGAAAACGCGGAGCAUACCUUCAAGUCACCUUUAAUAGGCUGGGGCUGGCCCCCCUUGAUACAUAAAUCCAAGCGUCUCUUCCGGACGCUGCUGCGCGACAGCAACGACGGCUUCACGGUCAGGUGCGUCCUGACCGUCAUCCAAGACCCCCGUGUCGAGGACGUGAGCGCCAUCGUCGUCCCGGAGCCCAGCGUGCUGCAGGACCUGGCGAGCAUGCUCAGGGACGGGGACGGCGCGGACGUGACGUUCGUCGUAGACGGGCGGUCGUUCCCGGCACACCGGUGCGUGCUCGCCGCGAGGUCCGCGGUGUUCAGGGCGGAGCUCUUCGGCCCCAUGAAGGAGAAGGCCGCAACGCGCGUCAAGGUCGACGACAUGGAGCCUUCCAUCUUCGAAGCGCUGCUUCACUUCGUGUACACGGACACUCUGCCGGACGGUGACGGCGGUGACGGUGGCGUUGCCACGGACGACGACAAGGACAGGAAUGUGCCGAUGCAGCACCUGCUGGUGGCCGCGGAUCGGUAUGGGCUGGACAGGCUGAGGCUGCUGUGCGAGGUGAGGAUGUGCCGUAGCAUCGACGCGGACACGGUGGCGACUACUCUGGCUUUGGCCGAGCAGCACCGCUGCGUGCAGCUCAAGAACGCUUGUCUCGGAUUCAUAGCUUCGCGGGGAGUGCUUGGUGCUGUCGUGCAGACUAGUGGGUUCUGUCAUCUCGUCGAGAGCUGCCCUUUGGUUCUGUUGGAGAUUUUGGACAAGCUAGCUUCUCUAGGAAUCUAG